UUCCUCCCUUCACCACUUAUCAGCCACUUCACCACCAUCUCUUACUACAAUGGCAUUUACUUUCAUCUUCUGUUUCAUUCCUCCAUUCUUAUUCAUUUUUCUAUUCCAUUCUCUUCUUCUUCAUUUCUUCAAACCCAAUCGCCCCAAAUUACCUCUCCCUCCUGGAACUAUGGGUUGGCCUUACAUCGGUGAAACCUUUCACCUUUACUCCCAGAACCCCAAUGUCUUCUUUGCUUCCAAGCAGAAAAGGUAUGGCUCCAUAUUCAAGACCCACAUACUAGGUUGUCCAUGCGUGAUGAUUUCCAGCCCUGAUGCUGCGAAAUUCGUGCUCGUUACCAAAUCUCAUCUCUUCAAGCCAACAUUCCCUGCAAGUAAAGAGAGGAUGUUAGGCAAACAAGCCAUCUUCUUUAACCAGGGACCCUACCAUGCCAAGUUGAGGAAGCUUGUUCUCCGUGCCUUCAUGCCCGAUUCCAUCAAAAACAUCGUCCCCAACAUCGAAUCCAUUGCCAAACAUUCCCUCCAUUCAUUGCAAGGCCGUCUCAUUACCACUUUCCAAGAAAUGAAAACCUACACAUUCAAUGUUGCUCUACUAUCGAUAUUCGGAAAGGAUGAUCAAGUGCUUUACAGAGAAGAUCUGAAAAGGUGUUACUAUAUCCUUGAGAAAGGGUACAACUCCAUGCCCAUUAACCUCCCUGGUACGCUUUUCAACAAAUCAAUGAAAGCAAGGAAAGAGAUAGCCCAGAUUCUAGCCAAAAUCAUAUCGACCAGGAGGCAAACGAAGCAGGUGGAUUGCAAUGACUUGCUUGGGUCUUUCAUGAGUGACAAAGAAGGCCUCACCGACGAACAAAUUGCCGACAACGUGAUUAGUGUAAUCUUUGCUGCUCGUGACACCACCGCCAGCGUGCUAACAUGGAUAAUUAAGUAUCUUGGAGAAAACCCUAGCGUUCUUCAAGCUGUCACUGAAGAACAAGAGGCAAUAAUGAGAGGUAAAGAGGAGCAAGAGCUGAGUUGGGAAGAUACCAAGAAGAUGCCAUUAACAUCUAGGGUGAUUCAGGAGACACUUAGAGUUGCUUCAAUUUUAUCUUUUACCUUCAGAGAAGCAGUGGAAGAUGUUGAAUAUGAAGGGUAUCUUAUACCAAAAGGAUGGAAAGUGUUACCACUCUUUAGAAACAUUCACCACAGCCCAGAAAUAUUUCCAGAUCCUCAAAAGUUUGAUCCCUCAAGAUUUGAGGUUGCUCCCAAACCCAAUACAUUUAUGCCAUUUGGCAGUGGGACCCACUCUUGUCCAGGGAAUGAGUUAGCCAAGCUGGAAAUCAUGGUCCUUCUCCAUCAUCUGACAACAAAGUACAGGUGGUCAAUGGUGGGUAGUAACAGCGGGAUACAGUAUGGUCCAUUUGCGCUUCCCCAAAAUGGUUUGCCCAUCAGAUUAGUCAGAAAGUGAGGAAAAUUACCCAGAUUUUAUUCUAGUUUCUACAAGAGAAACAAACAAGGAGCAUUCUCUGUUUUUAGGGCAAAACCCAAAAGGAGAAACUUAAGAUUAGCAGCAUGCAAAAGGCAAGGCAACAACAUCCAAGUGUACAGCAGAAGGGAAGAAGCUGAAUUCUGCCAACAAAUCAUAUGUCUUCAACUCAUCAUAGGAAAAAUAAGCAAAUCGAUGAAUUUGACAUUUGCAGUUUAUGUAUUCAUCCUGAAAAAGGAGUCUAAUAUUGAAAGUCCGCAAGGCAAAUCGAUUAUCAAAUAUAUUGAAAUUUUAGAUA